CUAGAAGUUCUUUUAACAUCUUUGUACUUUUCCAAUGGAAUCCCAGCUAUCUCUCCACAUUCAACAUCCUCUACAAUGUCUACAUUCGUAACUGUCUAAGACUCAAAAACUUCCAUGGAAAAACUAGUUCCAUUGCACCACCUCCACCCACCUCUUCAAAAUCCACUCACCCACAAGCCAAUCAAAACCCCAACCUCCAAGCUUUACUUGGAUUCUCAUUCUUCAGAUGAUUCCAAUGUAAUCACUUCUCUUACUUCAGUCAAAAUGAUGCACGCCCAGAUGAUAAAAUUGCCCCAAAAGUGGAAUCCUGAUGCUGCAGCCAAAAAUUUGAUCUCCAGUUACUUGGAAUUUGGUGAUUUUUGGUCUGCUGCCAUGGUUUUCUAUGUGGGCUUGCCAAGAAACUAUCUUAAAUGGAACUCUUUUGUGGAGGAAUUCAAGAGUUCUGCAGGGAGUUUACAUAUUGUUCUUGAGGUUUUCAAGGAGCUGCAUGGUAAAGGAGUGGUAUUUGAUAGUGAAGUUUAUAGUGUUGCUUUGAAAACUUGCACUAGGGUAAUGGAUAUAUGGCUUGGAAUGGAGAUCCAUGGAUGUUUGAUCAAAAGGGGUUUUGAUUUGGAUGUGUAUCUGAGGUGUGCUCUGAUGAAUUUCUAUGGGAGGUGUUGGGGUCUAGAGAAAGCAAACCAAGUGUUUCAUGAAAUGCCAAACCCAGAAGCUCUAUUGUGGAAUGAGGCAAUUAUACUGAAUUUACAGAGUGAGAAAUUGCAGAAGGGUGUAGAGCUGUUUCGAAAAAUGCAAUUUUCAUUUUUGAAAGCUGAGACUGCUACAAUUGUGAGAGUCCUCCAAGCUUGUGGAAAAAUGGGGGCUCUCAAUGCAGCGAAGCAGAUUCAUGGGUAUGUUUUUAGAUUUGGAUUAGACUCAGAUGUAUCCUUAUGCAAUCCUCUGAUUAGCAUGUACUCCAAAAAUGGCAAACUUGAACUAGCUAGAAGAGUUUUUGAUUCAAUGGAAAACAGGAACACAUCUUCAUGGAACUCAAUGAUUUCCAGUUAUGCUGCACUUGGUUUUUUGAAUGAUGCAUGGAGUCUUUUCUAUGAGUUAGAAUCCUCUGAUAUGAAACCAGACAUUGUAACUUGGAAUUGCCUUUUAUCAGGUCAUUUUCUUCAUGGUUAUAAGGAAGAAGUACUGAAUAUUUUACAGAGAAUGCAAGGUGAGGGCUUCAAGCCUAACUCAAGCUCCAUGACUAGUGUUCUUCAAGCUAUUAGUGAACUGGGUUUCUUGAAUAUGGGGAAGGAAACUCAUGGAUAUGUGUUGAGAAAUGGGUUUGACUGUGAUGUAUAUGUAGGAACUUCACUAGUAGACAUGUACGUGAAGAAUCAUAGCUUAACCAGUGCUCAAGCAGUUUUUGACAACAUGAAGAACAGAAACAUCUUUGCUUGGAACUCUUUGGUUUCAGGAUAUUCCUUCAAGGGCAUGUUUGAAGAUGCUCUAAGGCUAUUGAAUCAGAUGGAAAAGGAAGGAAUCAAACCCGAUUUGGUGACAUGGAAUGGUAUGAUUUCAGGGUAUGCAAUGUGGGGCUGUGGUAAGGAAGCGUUGGCUGUGCUCCAUCAAACCAAAAGUCUGGGAUUGACCCCUAAUGUGGUCUCAUGGACUGCUCUGAUAUCAGGAUCCUCACAGGCGGGAAACAAUAGAGAUUCCCUCAAGUUUUUUGCCCAAAUGCAGCAAGAAGGCGUCAUGCCUAAUUCAGCUAGCAUCACAUGCUUGCUUCGCGCUUGUGCCAGCCUGUCUUUGCUGCAGAAGGGCAAAGAGAUACACUGUCUCAGUAUAAGAAACGGUUUCAUUGAAGAUGUUUUUGUAGCAACAGCUCUCAUUGACAUGUACAGCAAGUCCAGCAGCUUAAAGAAUGCUCACAAGGUUUUCAGGAGGAUUCAGAACAAAACAUUAGCCUCCUGGAACUGUAUGAUCAUGGGGUUUGCCAUUUUCGGGCUUGGGAAAGAGGCUAUAUCUGUUUUUAAUGAAAUGCAGAAAGCGGGUGUCGGCCCUGAUGCCAUAACCUUCACUGCUCUCCUCUCUGCUUGCAAAAAUUCAGGUUUGAUUGGGGAAGGAUGGAAAUACUUUGACAGUAUGAUAACAGAUUAUAGCAUAGUCCCUAGGCUUGAGCAUUACUGCUGCAUGGUUGAUCUUCUGGGUAGAGCUGGCUAUCUUGAUGAAGCUUGGGAUUUAAUUCAUACCAUGCCACUAAAACCAGAUGCUACCAUCUGGGGUGCUCUUCUUGGAUCCUGUCGAAUCCAUAAAAACCUCGAGUUUGCAGAGACUGCAGCAAAGAAUCUCUUCAAGUUGGAACCUAAUAACUCUGCUAAUUACAUCUUAAUGAUGAACUUAUACUCAAUUUUCAACAGAUGGGAAGACAUGGAUCGUCUUAGAGAAUUGAUGGGCGCUGCAGGGGUGAGGAACCGGCAGGUGUGGAGCUGGAUACAAAUUAACCAGAGGGUUCAUGUGUUCUCUUCUGAUGGGAAACCCCAUCCAGAUGCAGGGAAAAUAUAUUUUGAGCUGUACCAGUUAGUUUCAGAAAUGAAGAAACUGGGAUAUGUGCCUGAUGUCAACUGUGUAUAUCAAAACAUGGAUGAGGUAGAGAAGCAGAAGAUUCUGUUAAGCCACACUGAGAAACUGGCCAUCACCUAUGGACUGAUCAAGAUGAAAGCAGGUGAACCCAUAAGGAUAAUCAAGAACACAAGAAUAUGUUCCGACUGUCACUCGGCUGCAAAAUACAUAUCACUGGUAAAAGCCCGGGAGCUUUUCCUCCGGGAUGGUGUUCGGUUUCACCAUUUCAGGGAAGGGAAGUGUUCCUGUAAUGAUUUCUGGUGAUAGGCAAGUGUUGGAAGAGAAUGUGUUGAAAGAAUUCAACCUGAAGAGGAUCAAUGUACAGUUCCAUUACUGAUAGUUGAGGUUGUUCUAACCUGAAAAUACUUGUAAAAUUAUACAAAAGAAAAGGAAUGAAGCUUAUUCAAUGUGUCCUUUAUCUUAUAAA